AACUAAUUGGUUAUAGGCUGAGAGAUCCUCGUUGCGUCACGACGCCAUCCAACUCUCGGUUUUACCCCCCUUCUCUCUCUCUCCCCCCCUCACUCAUGCGGUGUCAGUCAUCCGCGAUGCUGGGAAGAGAGCCCGGGUCCGCGCGAAACAUGUCCGGGAUCACCGUUAAUGAGGCUUGCGAUGACUGUUUAACAUCAGCGCAGCAUCUGAACUCCACGGAAAUUCACUCGCAUUCUCAUGUUGAUGAAGACGACGAACUUCUCAAGUACAUUUGGAGGGAAUAUUUGCACCCUAAACAAUAUGAAUGGGUGCUCAUAGCUGGAUACAUCAUAGUUUUCCUCGUAUCUCUGGUCGGAAACACCUUGGUUUGUUUUGCAGUUUGGAAAAACCAUCACAUGCGCACAGUGACCAACUACUUUAUCGUGAACCUGUCCUUCGCAGACAUCCUGGUCACAAUCACAUGUCUUCCUGCAAGUCUUGUGGUGGACAUUACAGAAACCUGGUUCUUUGGAGAGACCCUGUGCAAGAUACUACCUUACUUACAGACAAUCUCUGUGUCAGUAUCGGUUCUGACUCUGAGCUGCAUUGCCCAGGAUCGCUGGUAUGCUAUCUGCCACCCACUGAAGUUCAAGAGUACUGCCAAAAGGGCCCGCAAGAGUAUCAUUCUAAUCUGGCUGGUUUCCUGUGUGAUCAUGAUUCCACAAGCCAUAGUCAUGGAAUGCAGCAGUCUGCUGCCAGAACUUACUAACAAAACCAGCCUGUUCACCGUGUGUGAUGAACAGUGGGCAGAUGAAAUCUACCCUAAAGUGUACCACACCUGCUUCUUUAUUGUCACCUAUUUUGCUCCAUUAUGUUUGAUGGUCCUGGCAUACAUUCAGAUCUGCCAUAAACUCUGGUGUCAACAGAUUCCUGGAACAUCAUCGGUGCUUCAGAGGAAGUGGAAGUCACUGCAGUGUUCAGCCCAUGCUGUGGGCUCGGGAGAAUCGGUGAAGGUGAGAACCAGCACGGUCUCAGCGGAGAUCAAACAGGUGAAAGCUCGGCGGAAGACGGCACGCAUGCUGAUGGUGGUGCUGUUUGUGUUUGCGCUCUGUUACCUGCCCAUCAGUGUUCUCAACAUCAUGAAGAGAGUAUUUGGAGCUUUUAAGAACACCAACAACAGAGAGACUGUCUAUGCCUGGUUCACCUUCUCACACUGGCUUAUAUACGCCAACAGUGCCGCCAAUCCAAUUAUCUACAAUUUCCUCAGUGGUAAAUUUCGAGAGGAGUUCAAAGCAGCGUUCAUCUGUCAUUGCUCCGGUGGAGAUGACAUACACAAGGAGAGAGUCAGAGCGAGAACCAGCACAGAUAGCCGCAAAUCCCUGUCUACCCAAGUAACCAAUUUUGACAACAUCUCCAGGAUAUCUGACCAGGCUGUGUAGCUCCAUUGUGGGAAGGGUUUGCUGGCUUAAUCCUACGGGUGCCACUUCACCAGUCAUGAACGCUGACUAGAAGAACACAGACGUGCCGUAUGUAUCGACCUGCCAGACUUAUGGAUGGAAGGAUUGAAUGGACCUAUUAGCCUCAGUGAAUUACCCACACUUUUUGAAAAUGACAUUGUGUCUAGUGUAAGAGCACAUGAACCUUCAGUGGAAUUGAAAUUUUUACCCUGUGAGCCAAGAGGUUAUUUCUCUGCUCACAGCUCGGCUGGGUAUGCAGUAACAGGUGAUGUACCCCAUAAUCCCCUGAGAUGAUGUGCAUGAAAAUAAUGGCAUGUCUCUGAAACACAAUACUACCGUGAGACUGCAUUCAACACAAGAUUGAAAGGCAAUGAUGAUAGAAGGGAAGGUUUUUUUAUUUUGUUUUGUUUUUUAAAGGUGAUAUGUGUCAUUUUUUCAGUGUUAAAAUAUUUUUUCCUUAUCCAAUCUUAUGUAGAGACAAUGGUAAGCAAGCAAUUUGUGGGUUACGUUCUCUGAAACAUUGCUCUGUUUGUUUGAGCAUCUAACCAGCUGAACACAGUGACACUGACUCACCAGUCAUGUGAAUUUUGGAUGGUACUAUUUGUUUGAGAUGCGUUCGGGUAACCUGUUUGAAAACAAACAUUAUUUUUGCAUGCAUGAACUGCUUCAACUACUUUUGAACAAAAUUGAUAUUGUAUAUAUAUAUUUAUUUAUUUAUUGUUCCAUGUUUAAACAAUGUACAAUCUGAGAUUUUGUAAUGUUUCUCUAGGAAUACUGUUUUGUCAUCUUUUCAGGAACAGCUUGCUUGGUAACACUUUACAAUAAGGUUUCAUUUGUUAACAUUAGUUAACUAUAUUGGUUAACAUGAACUAACAAUGAACAGUACAUCUAUAGCAUUUAUUAAUCUUUAUAGGGAACCUAUAAUGCCCCUUUCACAAGAUGUAAUAUAAGUCUCUGGUGUCCCCAGAAUGUGUCUGUGAAGUUUCAGCUCAAAAUACCCCACAGAUCAUUUAUUAUAGCUUGUCAAAUUUGACCCUAUUUGGAUGUGAGCAAAAACACGUCAUUUGUGUGUGUUUCUUUAAAUGCAAAUGAGCUGCUGCUCCCGGCCCACUUUCCAGAAGAGGGCGGAGCUUUAACAGCUCACGCCUCGGUUUCUCAACAACAACAAAGCUGGAGAAUCUCACGCAGCCAAAAUGAGGAUUGUCAGUAACGGUGUUCAGCCUUACAUUGUUCAAACCGGAGUCGACACUGAUGGAGAGACUCAGGAAGAACUUUUAGAAUGAAACGACAUUUCUGAAUGGUUAGUGGAUAAAUUUAUGUAGUUGCUGUGGAGUUGAUUCAACUCAUCGACUAGCAUGUGCCGUCAUGUUAAUCUUUUGUGCAAAUCCAUCGUUGAAUUGACCCUCGUUUGUGAAGCAGUCCGGCAUAAAAUGACAUUUCUGUCAAACACAGCUUCUGUCUGUGCUAGCAUAAAGUAAUAGAGCGCAUGGAGGCUAAGGGAAAGCACAUGGAAAGUGGAGCUGCCUGAACCAAAGAAACACAACUGCAUUACUUAAAAAUACUUGUAUUUUCUUCGUCUGCAGCUUUGCCUCAGUCAGUUGGUAUCGCUCCCUCGUUCAGGAACAACUUUGAAGCAAAUCCUGCUUUGUACUACUGUCCAAGGUUGAGAAAGCACUCCGGCUUGAAGUGAUUAGCGCACACAAGCAGGUUUUUGCUUACUGUUUCUAGGGGAUUUCCACUAAAAAUAAAAUAAAUCCACUGCUCUCUUGCCUCCUCUGAGGCUGGGACUCUAAAUGGUGUUUGUACUUGUCUGUACUCGGCUUUGCUCAAACUUUUGCCAUGGUUAGAAAUGGUAUUGUCAUUGUCGCUUGCAAAAACAAAAUGGCAGCGCUGUGGGUGAAAACGUGCAGAUUAAGGGGCGGUAAUAUUAUAAUAAUGCUGCGUUCCAGAUGAGGUUACUUGGACGUGGGAGUAUCCCAAAUUAAAUGUCCCACUUCAGACCUCAGUGAGUUCCAGGCAUCACAUGUCACGUUCACAUGUUGACCACAUGAUGUCGCCAUGACACAAUGAGAGCAUAUUGUGUUUUUGAGGCAAUUAUGGCAAAAACAGAAUAAAAAUAGCAUACGAAAAGCAAAAACGUAUCAUUACAAUAACUUAAUGUCUAAUGUUUGUUUUUACAUUUAUGCACAUUGGAAGCGGACUUGCCGACAUCUUGGAAGUGACGUCAAAUGACGCGUCUCGCUAAGGUCAGGGUUGAUCGAUGUACCCACUCCGAAUGUUCGACUUUGAGUGGCGUUCCAGACAUUAUUUCCUAGAAGGAGGUGGGAAAAAUCCAAAUUCCGACAUUAACAAUUAACAUUGGUUAAUACACUUGGCAUUGGUUAAUGAACUAACAUGAACAAACUACAAAAAAAUAAUAUUUUUUUAUUAACUAACAUGAAUAAAUUGUGCUAUAUAUAUAUAUAUAUAUAUAUAUAUAUAAUUGAUAGUUCAUUUGAGCUAAUGCAUUAACUAAUGAGACCUUAUUGUAAAGUGUUAAUGUUUACUCUAAUUUGAUCCCAGUCGGGUACUCAAAAAAAAAAAAAAAACAUUUUGAAUGUUCACUUUAGUGUGAAUUUCACAAGUUAAGUGUUUACAGAUAAGUCUGUUUUAUUUCCAACGAUAGGCAUCUCUGUUGUGUGUUGUUUUAGAACAUUUAUUUAUAAUGGGGUUGUUUUGACGUUUUGCACAGUCCCGCAGUAAUUAUUUGCUCUGAGUGUUUGCUUGUUGGGUCAUGAAGCCUGGAGCACUGACUGCUUAUUUGACUAUUAGUGUGAUGAUUGCAGAGUAAUAAAAGAGAACAAAGGCACAAUAA